AUGUGGAGGACCCUGAGCUUCGUGGUGGCUCUGCCCGGGGUUGCUGUUUGCAUGCUGAACUGCUACCUGAAAUCGCAGCACGAGCACGAGAGACCCGAGUUCAUUCCUUACGCUCACCUCCGGAUCAGGACCAAGCGUUUCCCCUGGGGUGAUGGGAACAAAACUCUCUUCCACAACCCCCAUGUUAAUGCUCUCCCGACUGGUUAUGAAGAUGAAAAUUGA